GCUUUUAUCCAAUCAGAGAAAGCUUCUUUCAUCUCAUUAACCACCUAACCGAUGAUUAAUAGCUAAGCAGCCAGAGGAGGAGCUUCCAACUUCUCUGUGCUUCUGUGUCUCGAUUUCCCUCCUUAAAUUAGUGUAUAUCUAGACAAUUCAUAUCUAAUUAAAUCCAGCUCUAGUCUCUACCUUCCCUAUAUGUUCCAAUCUUUUGCUCCCCUAUAUAUACCCUUCUCUCUUCUCAUUUCUCUCAUUCAUCAUUCUUGUUCCUUCUUCUCUGCCUACUGAUCCAUUGCACCUUCUCUCAUUUGAUUGCUAUUGCUUUUUUGCUUUCUGGGUUCUGUUUGUUUGUAGAUUCUUUAGGUAGCUAUGAAUGCUUUAGCUGCUACAAACCGCAAUUUUCGUCACGCCGCUCGAAUUCUUGGGUUGGACUCUAAAGUUGAAAAGAGUCUUUUGAUCCCAUUUAGGGAGAUCAAGGUGGAGUGUACGAUUCCCAAGGAUGAUGGAACUCUGGUGUCAUACGUUGGAUUCAGAGUGCAACAUGAUAAUGCUCGUGGACCCAUGAAGGGAGGAAUCAGAUACCAUCCUGAGGUUGACCCUGAUGAAGUAAAUGCCCUGGCUCAACUAAUGACCUGGAAGACUGCUGUAGCAGACAUACCAUAUGGUGGAGCAAAAGGAGGGAUUGGAUGCAGCCCAAGGGAGUUAAGUUUAAGUGAGUUAGAACGACUCACCCGUGUCUUCACUCAGAAGAUCCAUGAUCUCAUUGGCAUUCAUACAGAUGUUCCAGCACCGGAUAUGGGCACUAAUGCACAGACUAUGGCAUGGAUUUUGGACGAAUACUCAAAAUUUCAUGGUCACUCCCCAGCUAUUGUGACUGGAAAACCAAUAGAUCUUGGUGGUUCACUGGGUAGAGAGGCUGCAACUGGUCGUGGAGUGGUUUAUGCAACUGAAGCUUUGCUUGCUGAAUAUGGGAAAUCCAUUGAGGGUUUGACAUUUGCUGUUCAGGGUUUUGGGAAUGUUGGGUCCUGGGCAUCAAGGCUCAUACAUGAGAGAGGUGGAAAGGUUAUAGCAGUGAGUGACAUAACUGGUGCAGUCAAGAAUCCAAAAGGACUUGAUGUACCAGAAUUACUUAGGCAUAAAGAAGCUACUGGCAGUUUGAGAAAUUUCCAUGGUGGAGACUCUAUGGAUGCUAGUGAAUUGUUGGUACAUGAAUGUGAUGUCCUCAUCCCAUGUGCUUUAGGUGGAGUUCUGAACAGGGAAAAUGCUGCUGAUGUGAAGGCCAAGUUCAUCAUAGAGGCGGCAAACCAUCCAACUGAUCCUGAAGCAGACGAGAUUCUAUCUAAGAAAGGAGUCGUAAUACUUCCCGACAUAUAUGCCAAUGCUGGAGGUGUGACUGUCAGCUAUUUUGAGUGGGUUCAGAAUAUUCAAGGAUUCAUGUGGGAAGAAGAACAGGUGAAUAAGGAGCUUCAAAGGUACAUGACUCGAGCUUUUCGUAACAUCAAGAACAUGUGCAAGACUCAUGAUUGCAAUCUCCGGAUGGGUGCCUUUACCCUUGGGGUAAACCGAGUUGCACGAGCUACUCUGUUAAGGGGAUGGGAAGCAUAAAACAAAAUUGCUUUAGUUUCCUAUUCCUUCCUAAUUGUCUGAUCUUUCCUUUCCUGAAGAAGUCAACUUCAAAUUAUCUUCAGCUUCUUUUUUUUCUUUUUUUUUUUUUUUUUCAUUUGGCUGAUUCCUAUAUCUCUAUUCAAGUGGUUCAUUUGGGAGAUUUUUUUUUUAUUUAUUUAAAUGAAAUCCUGUCAACAACAUCUAGAAAAUUAGUUCCUGCAGUUUGAUUUUGAUAUUGAAAUGGAUAUCCUCUGUUACAACUCUUAUGGACAUGUCAUUUGAAAUAAACUGAAACAGUUUGCUCUUUU